AUGCCGCGUUCAUUUUUGGUGAGGAGGAAGCGGACAGAAUGCACUGCAUGGACCUGGAAGGAUGCUCAAAACCUUCACAGUCACAUCACAGCAGCAGCAGCAGUAAAGACUCCUGACCUCUUAGACCUUCAGACAGUGUCAGAGUUAAACAGUGUUCAUCCUGGGUCAGAACACACACCCAGCAGCCCUGAUCUGGAGUCAGCAUAUAUAUCCAGUGAAGAGUCAGAAAUUGAAAGUCCUCAAAGCUGCGGGCCCCCACAUACCCCUCAGGGCCUCUUUCAACCCCUUAAUCCAGCUGAAUCAACCUCAUCUACCAGAACUAAGGUCUCAGCAUCCAGCUCUGGAGACUUCCAGUGCCCGGUGUGCCAUAAGGUCUUCCCACUUCAGCGCAUGUUGACACGCCACCUUAAGUGUCACAGUCUAAUCAAGCGCCAUCCAUGCAGGUACUGCGGCAAGGGCUUUAACGACACCUUCGACCUGAAGAGGCACAUGCGAACACAUACAGGUAUCCGGCCCUACAGGUGUGAAAUGUGCGAGAAGGCUUUCACUCAGCGCUGCUCUCUGGAGUCACAUCUGCGCAAGAUCCACAGCGUCCGGCAACAAUAUGCCUACCGUCAGCGCCGCUCCAAGAUCUUUGUGUGUGAGGACUGUGGCUUCACUUCCAACCGGCCUGAUGAGUACUUCCUGCAUGUCCGCCAGCGACAUCCGGAUAGUCCAGCACUCCGCAGAUACUACCGAAAACAUCUGCAAGACUCGCCCGGUCAGCCGCGCAUCUCGCCCUUCAUGCUCUACCCAACCACAGCUUUUUACAUGUGA